UACUGUUCGGUUUGCUUCGUAAGGUUACGGAAAAUUAAAAUUGAGGUUAUCAUAUCGUAUAAAAGUAAAUAAAUAUGAAAAUAAAUAUAUAAUUCACAUUAUGGCGAAUGCAAAGAGAAUUGCCCCAAAUAUAUUGGUAACAGGAACACCAGGAGUUGGAAAAUCAACUUUAUGCCAAAAGCUUGUAGAAUUGACCGGUUUAAGAUGGAUUGAGAUUUCAAAAGUAGCAAAAGAAAAUGAAUGUAUUGAAGAAUGGGAUCAUGAAUACCAAUGUGGAGUUCUAGACGAAGACAAAUUAAUGGAUGGAUUAGAAGAUACUAUGGCUAAUGGUGGAAAUAUAGUAGAUUAUCAUAGUUGUGAAUUUUUUCCAGAACGGUGGUUUGAUAUAGUAUUUGUGCUGCGAGUGGAUAAUACAAUUUUGUAUGAUAGACUUACGUCGAGAGGUUAUAUUGGAAGAAAAUUGGAAGAUAAUAUAGAUUGUGAAAUUUUUCAAACAAUUUUAGAAGAAGCUCAGUCUUCUUAUAAGAAAGAAAUAGUUCACGAAUUGCAAAACAGAAAUCUUGAAGAUUUGGAAAAUAAUCUACAGAGAAUAUGCCUGUGGCUCCAACAAUGGUUUGAAUAGUUGUACAUAUUAAUAAAAGUUAAUUUAUGUAUUUACAUAUUUACACAAGUGAAUAUUUAAAUAUUUUUUCCAAAUAAAUAUUUAAA